AUGUCGACACCUGCAACUUCCGACUAUCACCACUCUCACCAUCAGGGGAGCCAUUCGCACCACACCACCUCUGCUACUCACGGCCAACCUUCGCGAUCGCACUCGACGCGGUCCCGCCCCAACACAUCGGCGAGCGCAGCAGGCACUCCCCACCGCUCUGUCUCGCAUUCUGCUCACCACGGCCAUUCCCGUCAGUCCUCGACAUCGAGCCGCCCCGUGCAGGACAUUCUCCCGCAGCGAGACUAUGAGGCGAGCAACUUAGCCUCAAAGCGAAGUUCAAGUAGAGACCGUCACGGCCCGUCCACGUCGCGAGGGGCUACCGCCGCCGCCGCCGCCGCCGACCCCAAAGGUCUCCAUCGCCGAUCCAGCAACCGAGCUGAUCCCACUAUUGUUGCCAAUGCAAACAAUCCGGGACCUGAAGCAGUGCCGCCCGUGAUGCAAGCCGCAGCAGACGCCCGCGCCACGGGCGCGAAGACGAGGACGACGCGGACGUUGAUUCCAACUCAAUCAGGAAAAUGGAUCUUGGGCAAGACGAUUGGUGCUGGUAGUAUGGGCAAAGUCAAACUCGCCAAGAAAGAGGAUGGCACAGAACAGGUGGCCUGCAAGAUCAUACCUCGAGGUUCUACGGAGGAGAAUCAUCACAGCCGUGCAGACAAAGAACGAGCAGACCAGUCCAAAGAGAUCCGCACAGCUCGAGAGGCUGCAAUUGUCACAUUGCUCGAUCAUCCCAAUGUUUGUGGGCUUCGUGACGUGGUGCGCACAAACCAUCACUGGUACAUGCUCUUCGAAUAUGUAAACGGCGGCCAGAUGCUAGAUUAUAUCAUCUCGCAUGGCAAACUAAAAGACAAGCAAGCAAGGAAAUUCAGCCGGCAGAUCGCGAGCGCCUUGGACUACUGCCACCGGAACAGUAUUGUGCACCGUGAUCUGAAGAUCGAGAACAUACUGAUCGCCAAGACUGGAGACAUCAAAAUCAUCGACUUUGGUCUCAGUAACCUGUUCGCCCCGCGAGGCCACUUGAAAACCUUCUGUGGCAGUCUUUACUUUGCCGCUCCUGAGUUGCUUCAAGCUCGCGCCUACACCGGCCCAGAGGUGGACGUUUGGAGUUUCGGUAUCGUGCUUUACGUCUUAGUCUGCGGUAAAGUUCCGUUCGAUGAUCAGAGCAUGCCGGCCCUGCAUGCAAAGAUCAAGAAGGGACUGGUCGACUAUCCCAGCUGGCUCAGCACCGAAUGUCGACAUCUCCUCUCUCGAAUGCUCGUUACAGAUCCAAAGGCGCGUGCCACCAUGCACGAAGUAUUGAACCAUCCAUGGAUGACGAAAGGCUAUGGUGGCCCCCCAGAGAACCAUUUGCCUGCACGAGAACCACUAACACUGCCCCUCGACCAAGAAGUCAUCAAUGCCAUGACAGGCUUCAACUUUGGACCACCUGAAGUCAUCAAGGCGCAAUUGACCAGACUCAUAGAGUCUGAUGACUACAAGAGAGCGGUCGCCUUGUGGCAAAAGGAAAAGGACAUACCUGCACCAAUGAGGGAUGUUGAAAAGAAGAGAGGCUUUGGAUUCGACUUUUACAAGAGAAGGAACUCGGCUAACAGCCGUGACAACCUCACAGCCCCCAGUUCAGAAGCUCUUGCGCUGGGUAGCGAUCCCCUGAAUGCCUUCAGUCCUCUUAUUUCAAUCUACUACCUAGUUAGGGAGAAGCAGGGUAGAGACUCGGUUGAUAUUCAGCCCAAGCAUCACGCGCCCAAGAAUGCUGCCGACACGCCAAUGCCAGAGAUUGCACCACCACAAGAGGCGCACACCAAUACUGCCGCUUACGAGAUGCCGGGAGAGAAGCCUACUGGUGGGCGGUCUCGUCCUAGGGCACGAACGCACGGAGAAGACGAUGCACCCGAAGAAGUCAAGAAGGCGCAGGUGUCGCCACCAGCUCCCAAGGCACCCGAGGGACAACUGGAGGUACCUCAUAAGAAAGAAAGCGCGGCGGCUGGUCUGCUUCGGCGCUUUAGCACCCGACGUCGCAAGGAACCAGAGAGAGUAGAAAAGGAUCGAUCGCACCCACCAGUGGUCCACGUUCAUUCACCCGAGCAUACCGUCGCACCACGGAAGAGCUUUAGCAUCAGGAGAUCGAGGCGCGAUCGAGACGAGACUGAUGGUGCUCGCUUGCGUUCUGGCAGCAGCCAGCCUCAGCACCGAGAUCUUCUGAGCUUGCCCUUGGCGGCCGGUGAUAGCAGCUCAAGUAAGAAAGGGCUCGGACGGUCGACCAGUGUCAACUCGGCGGAUUACAGAAGACGCCAGUACAAUUCAGCCAGUCGAGUCGCCAAGGACCCGCCCCCAACAAGCGGCUCGGACCAUUCAGGCACUGAAAAGUCAGGAGGAGAGCAACAGAAGGAGUCCCUCAACACCCGCGCAGCGUCGAUGAGGGCCAAAUCUCUGGGUCAUGCUCGUAGGGAGAGCAUUCAAGCAAGACGACUCAAGAGAGAGGGCGCCCGCGCGGCUGAUGUACCCGAGGAAACGGAUGCGGAAUUGGGCGAGGCAAGUGGCGCCUCGGCAGAACGACUCGACGACUCUGAGCUGGCGAAGCCGGUCUUUCUCAAAGGUCUCUUCAGUGUUUCUACGACUUCGACGAAAUCUGUACCGCAAAUCCGCGCAGAUGUCAAGCGAGUACUGAAACAACUUGGAGUGGACUACACGGAAAUUCGAGGCGGAUUCAGCUGCCGCCACAGGCCGAGCAUUGAUCUGCACAAGGUAACAGACGGCCCCGGUAGCCCUGUGGCCACACCGGGUCAUAGACGGAGGUUUAGCUUUGGUCUCCGCAACGAAAAGGAUCGGGAUGAGCUACGAGAGAUGGAUAGAGUCCCCGGGACACCGCGGACACCUGGUAAAGGCCACCAGACUGACCGGAGUGCUUCCAACUCGGAACUCUCGGAGAAUGGCAGCGUUCGCGACGCCGGCGGUUCCUCUCGAAGGGUGCCUGGAGAAACAACAACUCAGGUGCAGAGUGAUCUGGGCGGCAGCAUGACAUUAGACUUUGAGAUCUUCAUUGUCAAAGUGCCUUUGUUAUCUCUUCACGGAUUGCAAUUCAAGCGUAUGGAAGGCAACACGUGGCAAUUCAAGAACAUGGCGGAUCAGAUUCUCAAGGAGCUACGGCUAUGA